AUGUCAGGCCAGUUCAGUCUUGAAAAACUAUUCGAACAUCUCGAAGGCGCAGGAGCAAACCUUGACGAUAUUAAUUACCUUGAUUUUGCUGAUCUGAUGAUUGAUUUUACCCACACUUUUUCAUUCAUUGGAAAAGUAGUAUCACUCGCCUUUUCUGACAUCGCUACUAAGGCUAAAUAUUUGAAAAAGAAUUUCAAAAGUACAAGCUUCACAGGAUUACAAAGCAUGAUCUUAGAUGAAAUUAAAUGCGGAACUGUCAGAAAGGAAGGAAAGCGUCCAUCAACUGCGAUCACUGUGCUAAAGCUGAUGUGGUUUUCAGAUUUUUUAAGGCAGAUUGUGUUACAUUUAACAACCCAGCUCCAUUGGAAACUCUCGAAAUGCGUGAAAGUUGCUUAUAAAGAGACGCUAUCAAAACAUCAUCCUUGGACAUUCAGACUUGCAGCAAAAAUUGGAAUUAAGAUUUUACCUAGCAGGCAGGAGUAUAUGAAUAAACUUUUUGGGAAUAUUCCUGUCGAAAAACAAUUGGAAUUGUUUAGGCAUUUGCUUGAGCUUUCAGAUCCACUGAGAGACACUCUUUGGGGAUUUUAUAACGAAAAUAACCUGGCAAAUAUUGUUAAAUAA